AUGUUCCGAGCCGUCGGUCUACGCAGUCCGCUUCUUUCGCCGGCGUGGACAGGCGCAUGGCGAAGAAUAUUCCUGCCCGAAACGAAACGAUCCCUUUUCAGAAAUCUACAAAGUCAGCAACAUGCUAGCCUCCACAUGCUGCGAAACAUCCCACGUCAAUCCGCAUAUCGGUCCGGUGGACCGUUCACGAAAACACAGUGUCGCGGCUUCCGCUUCUCGUCAUGGCGUCGCAAUACGACACAGAACGGCACGCAGGAAAAGCUCACGCUUAGUCAGCGGUUGAAGAGGUUAUCAAAGGAAUACGGCUGGUCAGCAGUGGGUGUUUACUUGGCGCUCAGCGUGUUGGAUUUCCCGUUUUGCUUUCUGCUCGUCAGGAUUGUGGGAACAGAUACCAUUGGGAAAAUCGAACACUAUGUGGUAUCGACAGUCAAGCGAUUCAUUCCAGAGUCAGUUCGGCAAAAGUGGCACGAGUACUGGCAAUCUAUCAAGAGUAAGGAGGUAGAGACGAUGGGAAAUGACAAUAUUAGCGACAAGGUGGAAAUGGCUGGUUGGGGAGUUGAGGAGGCUCAGGAGCGGAACAAGGAAGAAGCUAGCUUGGGUACUCAGCUGGCACUUGCGUACGCUAUUCACAAAAGCUUCAUCUUUCUAAGAGUGCCACUGACGGCUGCGAUCACGCCAAAGGUGGUCAAGGUUCUGAGAUCUUGGGGCUGGAACAUCGGAAAACGCGUGUCGCGCUAG